AUGCUGGACACUUUUUAAAGAACUUAAUUUAUUUUUAUCAUUUUCUAAUUCUAAAUUUCAUUUCAUAAUUAAAUUACAAUACAUUCUUGUGAGUUCAAAGCAUACAUUAAUUAUUCAAAUUCAUAUGCAAUAAAGUAUUGUUAUUGGAAUAUUAUUAGGAAGGCAACUUUUAAUUUUUCACAUUUGUAUUUCUUCUAGAAGCCCAUUGACAAAUUACUUUAUACUGCACAUCCUGUUCAAUAAAUUAGCUAUUUCUAUUUUAUGAAAAUCCUUUUAAAGAUAAAAAUUUCAUUCUUUAAUAGCACCUUUCUUCUCCAUUAACCCAGAAUAAAAUAUCACUACUUUUAAAAAGAAAUCGAAUGUGCCAGAUUUUUGUAUCUUUUGUAUAGCAUCGCUGAAUAUUUUGAUUUAAAAAAAAUAGAAUUGGCUGGAUUAUUAUUUCCUUAAUUACUAUGUUGCAGGAAUUUGUUUUAAAUAAGAAAAAUAAUUUAUGAAUCUUUGUCAACUUUCUUUGAGUAUGAAUGA